UCGUUGUUAGUAGAUUAUAAACGUGAAUCAAAACGUGCAGACACGCUCGAAAGGGAACCAAAGUCCCGAUUUAAAUAGAAAAAAAGAAAAAAUUCUCACAAAUUCACUGGAAAAAAACUAAAAACGUGUUGGUUGGAGACAAAAGAAACGUGAAUUAAAUUAAAAUAAUUUUUUAUAUAUUUCUUGCUAGAAGCGUUUCAUUCUUAUAAGAGCCAAACAAAGGAAAAAUGGUGAAAGAAACGGGCUUCUACGAUAUCUUGGGCUGCAAACCUGGAUGCACGAAUGACGAAUUAAAGAAGGCAUACAGACGAUUGGCACUGAAGUAUCAUCCAGACAAGAAUCCGAAUGAGGGAGAAAAGUUCAAGCAAAUUUCCAUGGCAUACGAGACGUUGUCGGACCCGGAAAAGCGAGCCAUUUACGAUGAGGGAGGCGAAGCGGCAAUCAAGAAGGGCGGAUCUGGCGGCGGUGGCUUCCAUUCGCCCAUGGAUAUCUUCAACAUGUUCUUCGAUGGCUUCGGCGGCGGCAGAAAACGCGAACGUCGCGGCAAAGACUUGUUGCAUCAGAUGAACGUGACGUUGGAGGAGUUGUAUAACGGCGCCGUGCGAAAAUUGGCUUUGCAGAAGAGUGUCAUCUGUGAUAAGUGCAACGGGCGAGGCAGCAAGAAGACGGGUCCCGUCGAGAAAUGCACCACUUGUCGCGGAACGGGCGUCGAGACACACGUGCAACGCAUCGGACCCGGUUUCGUGCAACAAUUCGAGCAAGUUUGCUCCGGAUGUCACGGACAAGGCGAAGUUAUCCCCGAAAAAGAUCGUUGCAAACAGUGUCACGGCAAAAAAACGAUCCGCGAUCGCAAAAUUAUCGAAGUUCACAUCGAAAAGGGCAUGCAAGACGGUCAAAAAAUCGUCUUUUCUGGCGAAGGAGAUCAAGAACCCGAUUUAGAGCCGGGAGACUUGAAAAUCGUUCUCGAUUGCAAGGAACAUCCGGUCUUCAAACGAUCUGGCACGGACCUCAUUAUGCGAAUGCCCUUGCAACUCGUCGAAUCGCUGUGCGGCUUCCAAAAAGUCAUCAAAACGCUCGAUCAACGCGACUUGGUGAUCACGUCGUUGCCCGGCGAAGUCAUCAAACACGAGGACAUCAAGUGCAUUCUCGGCGAAGGUAUGCCCACGUACAAGAACCCCUUCGAAAAGGGACGUCUCAUUGUGCAGUUCUUCGUUGUCUUUCCCGAAUCGAUUCCCGCCGAGUUGGUACCUGCGUUGGAGCAAUGCUUGCCGCCGCGGCCCCAAGUCGCAAUUCCCAUCAAUGCGGAAGAAUGCACCCUCACGGACUACAAUCCGGAACAGGAAUCGCGCAGACGGCAAAAACAGGCGUACGAGGAGGACGACGAUGGAUACGGCGGCUUCCAAGGAGGUCCGCGUGUUCAACAAUGUUCCACUAGUUAAAUUAAUUAUUACACGAUAGUAUUUUAACACACACACUCGACGUCGAAACAUCAACAAGGGACAACUUUCACACACACACAAGAAUCUUCUAGACCGACACAAAAUAAUUAAUUAUUUAAACAUUUUUAAAGAAAUUUUCAAUUCAAACACUCACUUUCUCAAAUAUAUUGUAUACAAUUAGGCCAUUCCUUUAAUUUAUUUUUUUUUACAAAGGAAAAAUACAUUAAUAUUGGAUUAUGAGAAAAAAAAGUUUAAUUUUGUUCAACAUUAUUUAUUAAUUUAAGAGACCGAUCAUCAGAAAACAAUAGAAACUGAAAGAUUUGUAAUAAUAAAGUGACAAAUAUGACAAUUAUAGGUGAAAAAUUCUUGUUUUAAUUUU